AGCCACGAUCCAACCGCGAUGCUCCCUUCACCAGGCCACGAGCACCCGCCGUCGUAAACCGUGCCGCGCUCGAGUCGCCGCCGCCGCCACAGUGUGCACGGCGACGAUGGCCGCCGCCGCCGAGAGGACGUGCGCGCCGGCCGCCGCGGUGGCGAGGACAAGCACGCGGAGGACGGCAUCCGUUGCGAGCAUGUGGAGGCAGGUCCAGGGGUCCCACGACUGGGACGGCCUGCUCCAGCCGCUGCACCCCGUGGUGCGCGACGAGGUGGCGCGCUACGGCGAGCUCGUCGGCGCCUGCUACAAGGUCCUGGACGUGGACCCGUCGUCGCCGCGGCACAUGUGCUGCAAGCACGACAAGGAGAGCGUUCUCGAGGAGGCCGGUGCGGCCGGGGCAGGGUACGAGGUGACGCGGUACAUCUACGCCACGCCCGACGUCGCCGGGCCGCCGUCCACAAGCGGCCGCUCCAGCUGGGUCGGGUACGUCGCCGUGUCCACCGACGAGAUGACACUGCGGCUCGGCCGGCGCGACGUCCUCGUCUCCCUCCGCGGCACGGUGACGCAGGCGGAGUGGGCGGCCAACCUCAUGAGCGCGCUCGAGCCGGCGCGCCUCGACGACGCGCGCGGCGCGCACCCGGGCGUCAAGGUCGAGUCGGGCUUCCUCAACCUCUACACCUCCUCGGCCGACAAGGCGGCGUGCCGGUCCUCCGUCGGCGGCAUGGGGAGCUGCCGGGACCAGCUCCUCCGCGAGGUGUCCCGCCUCGUCACGUCCUUCUCCAAGGACCACCCCGACGAGGACAUGAGCGUCACCCUGGCUGGCCACAGCAUGGGCAGCGCCCUCGCGAUGCUGCUCGGCUACGACCUCGCCGAGCUCGGCCUCAACCGCGACGCGUCCGGGCGCCGCGUGCCCGUCACCGUCUUCUCCUACGGCGGGCCCCGUGUCGGCAACGCGGCGUUCAAGGACCGGUGCGACGAGCUCGGCGUGAAGGUGUUGCGCGUCGCCAACGUCCGCGACCCGGUGACCAUGCUCCCGGGUGCCAUCCUCAACGAGGGCACGAGGGGAUUCCUCGCCGGCUGGGCCGGCGACUGCUACACGCACGUCGGCGUGGAGCUGGCCAUGGACUUCCUCCGCCUCCGGGACCCGGCGAGCGUGCAUGACCUCGGCGCGUACGUGUCGUCGAUCAAGGCGGAAACUUGCGGCAAGGCGCCGAAUGCGGCGGCGGACGGCGGCCGAGGCGGCGUUUUCGCCAGGGCGAUGGAGUUCGUCGAGGGACAGCGCGCCGCCGCGUCCGCGUGGAAGGAGGCCGCCCUGCAAAUGGGCGGCUUGGUGCAGACGCUGCGCAUGAUCUGACGGCUUAGGAGUUUGUCAUUUUUGCUGGCCACUGAUUGUUGACCCUCUUGUCAAUUUUUAUUAGGGUUAAUAAUCAGUUAGUCAGAGUCACGUCCCUUUUUGCCAUUUUGUCUGGCUGUAGUAGUAUUUUUGUGAGAAGCAGAGUUUCUCCUUUUUUGUUGGAAGAAAGAAUGGACAUGCUUCUUCCAUGUAAAUACACUACA